AUGGGAAGGAUUUUGGAGCGACUAAAAAUCCAUUUGGUCCUCUUACAUCCAACCAUUCCCUCUGUUCCACGUACCGUUAUUGACAUGGCUUCAGUAGACGCUGAAUCUCAUAUCCAACACUUAAAAUACUGUACUAGUCGAUCAUGGUAUGCUCGUGAUGGUGUGGACGAGAAACUCAAGGUAUUUGAACCUUAUGAUCGGAUUACAUAG